AUGAGACCAGACAAGAGACGUGGACGAAAAAGAAAGAUGGAAGCAAAAACCACUGUGGCAAGACCUACUGAAAAAGUAACUGAAGAUGAACAAGAGAAUGUCGAAUUAACUCAAGACUUGAACAAAAAGGUAGGAAAUACUGUAUCACAGAUAUGAGUAGCAGAGUCAGCAGCGAGCGCUAUAUAAUCCUGAUAGAACACAGCCCCACUAAUAUGCAAUCCUAAAAAUAUGGAAAAAUUGUACAAUAAAUGACAUGCACAGAAGAUUGGUCUUGCACCAGUUUAACCUGAUCUUUAAUAAACGUCUGUUGACUCUAGAUUUCAUGGAUAAAGUACAAUGCACCUAGUCAUGACAAAAAGGGAAGACACCUUGACUGCUUUAAAGAAACAUUUAAGCACAGACGAAAUGCCAUGAAAUGUUUGGACCUCACAACCACAACAAGCAUAAUUGAUUUAAAUUAUUUUUAAAGAUGUACCUGAUAUGGUAAGUUUUUUAUUUGAAUUAUAUAACUGAAAUUUUAUAUACCCCAAAUAUCAUCGAUCCAGCACUGUCUUAACUAUAGGGAGGAAGAUAGUAUUUUUCAUUAGUAUUGUUGAUAUGUAUGUAUAGGAAAUUAAAAAUCCAUAGAAUAUCAUAAUCAUAAUUUCUUUUAUCUCUGUAGAUUAAUUUUGAGUUUAAACUAUUGUAUCCAGAUGACUGCAAUAAUUUCUUUACCAAAUGGGGGACCUACUUUCGAGAAAGAAUUAUAACUUUACAAAUAUUCAAGAUGGAAAGUACAAUAACCACUUUCAAGAAUGCACAAUAUAAUGUUCCACAUUUUUUAUCAAUGCACACUUAA